AGCGGUGAGCACGUUAAAGUGAUUCGGCAUUUUAAGGAGGCUUCCAUUUUGUUUCAAGACUUUAUUCUAUCAAAAGUUGAGAGGAGAGGCAGAAUUUUUGAAAUGUCCCAGACACCUGCAACUGGAACUGCAGCAUCGGAUGCUGCACGUCCGACCGUGGAGAACGAGCGCACAAAGGCGCUUAAAAACUACCGCAUUAAGCUACUGGAGCACCGCGAGCUUGAGGCUCGUCUGAAGGCCCUGCGUGAUAAGCACAAGGUGCUCAAUGUCGAAUACGAGAAGUCGGAGGAUGCCCUGAACUCGAUGCAGAGCGUUGGCCAGAUGCUGGGCGAGGUUAUGAAGCAGUUGACUCCGGACAACUUCAUUGUAAAGUCGUCGAGCGGGCCGCGCUACGUCGUCGGCUGCAGGCGUCAGAUCGACAAGUCGCGCUUGAAGGCUGGCACACGCGUCGCCCUGGAUAUAACCACGCUGACCAUUAUGCGCUACUUACCACGCGAGGUCGACCCUCUUGUGUACAACAUGACUCACGAGGAUCCUGGCAACGUGAAUUACGACGAGAUUGGAGGACUGGGCGAGCAGAUACGGCAGCUGCGCGAAGUCAUCGAGCUGCCGCUGCUGAACCCGGAACUGUUUCUGCGCGUGGGCAUCAACCCGCCGAAGGGCUGCCUGCUGUACGGGCCGCCUGGCACCGGCAAGACGCUGCUGGCCCGCGCCAUCGCCUCCCAGAUGGACGCCAACUUCCUCAAGGUGGUCUCCUCGGCGAUUGUCGACAAGUACAUUGGUGAGAGUGCGCGCCUGAUACGCGAGAUGUUCGCCUAUGCGCGCGACCAUCAGCCGUGCAUCAUCUUCAUGGAUGAAAUCGAUGCCAUCGGUGGGCGCCGCUUCUCCGAGGGAACCUCCGCCGACCGCGAGAUCCAGCGCACCCUCAUGGAGCUGCUCAACCAGAUGGACGGCUUCGACGCCCUUGGCCAAGUGAAAAUUAUCAUGGCCACCAAUCGCCCGGACACUCUCGAUCCGGCCCUUAUGCGUCCUGGCCGCUUGGACCGCAAGCUCGAGAUCCCUCUCCCAAAUGAAGUGGCUCGCAUGGACAUACUCAAGAUACACGCAGGACCGCUGUCCAAGCAGGGCGAGAUCGACUAUGAGGCCAUUGUUAAGCUUUCGGACAACUUCAACGGCGCUGAUCUGCGCAACAUUUGCACUGAGGCUGGACUGUUUGCCCUACGCGCCGACCGUGAGUUCAUUCUGCAGGAGGACUUUAUGAAGGCGGUGCGCAAAAUUGGGGGAAACAAGAAGCUGGAAUCAAAAUUGGACUACAAGCCCAUUUAGGGAACACAAUUAAUUGCCAGAAAAUUUGUAGAGCUAUAAGAAACUCUGAUUUA